AUGGCGAAGCGCCCCGCCCUGCCCAGCCCGGGGCGAGCCGCGCCCAGCCCGGCCGAGGCGGAUCGGAACGAGCCGAGCGGAGCCGAGCGGAGCCGGAUCGGACCGAGCGGACCCGAACCGGAGCGGAACCGGAGCGGUUCGGAAGGGAUCGGAGGAACUCGGAGCGCCCCACCGUGCACCGACCCCCCCGGGGCGCCGGUGACAACAGGGGACGCGUCACCCGCCACCCCCAAAUUCGCGCCGCCGCCUCCCGAGGCCACCGGCAGGGACAUCAUCCCCGUGUACUGCUCGCUCCUGGCCGCCGUGGUGGUGGGACUCCUGGCCUACGUGGCCUUCAAGUGCUGGCACACGUGCAGGCAGAAGCAGCAGCUGGCCAAGGCGCGGGCGGGCGACAUGGGGACGUCACCCGACGGGGAGAAGCUGCAGAGUGACAGCGGGGUCUUCCUGGACACCCCCGGGCUGCAGGAGCCUCAUCCGCCCGGCAAGGCCCCCCACCCCCAGGGCCACCCCCUCGGCGCGGUGUCACCGCAGCGGCAGGAGGAGCUGGAGCGGCUGCUGGAGUCCGGGGGGACACGGGGACAUCAGCUGCACCCGGUGACCACGGGUCCCCAAGGCUCGGACGUCACCUCUGCUGUGUGACCCCGGGUCCCCAAGGCUUUGGGGACACAGGGACACUGGGACGCGCGUGCCGGGUGGUUCCCGCUUUUUCCUGCCAAUGAUGCAGUUUCUUUUUUAA